UCAAAACCGCCCGUGUGAAUGAAUAUUCAUAGAUCGGGCGUGAAGCUUGAGCGUUUUUACGCUUCCUCUUGGAAGCUUCCAGGGAGCCGAGAAAUAAGUUGCGGGCGCUUCCUCCGAUGCAAGGGAGAGAUGCGAAGCUCAAUCAGCUCGAUCCGGAGUAGUCCAGUGGUUCCCAAGGGCAAGCAUCCCCGCCAAAGCCCCCGGUCCGCUGCAGCGCAGGUUCUCCGGAGCCGCCGGCACGGAAGGGACGUCAGGGAGGAGGUGCCGCGGAAAGCCCGGAGCGCCCGGCGUGGCUCUGUCUGGCUUGUCUCCUGCGAGAAGCUGGAGUAACGGAGGAGGGUUAUAAGGGCUGCUGCUAAGGAGCGACAGCCUGGCCACCCAUCCGCCCUGCGCUAAGUCCGAAAGAGACGCCUCGCUCUUUGGCAUCUUCGGGAGGCCGCCGGGCUUCUGCCUCCCUAGUCGCUGUUCUCCUUCGUGGCUCUGCAGCGCCUGGGGUUGGCGGAUCGGGCUGUUUUCUUUCGCGAAAUAGCGGCCGGGAUGGUCGGGAAACGUAAAGGGGUCUCGAAGGUGCAGCGGUCCUGCAAGAAAGUCAAGGAAGAGGGUCCACCUGGCGGCGCCGCUUCCUCCUCUUCCCCGGGUCUGAAAACUUGUGAGCAGCGAGACGAUGAUUUUGAAGAUGAAAAACCUGAGAAGAAAACUAGGCCCAAAUUGCCAUCUAGAAAAACGAGAGAUAAAGAACACGUCCCUCAGCCACUUCGUAAAAAUUCCAAUGAAAAAAGACCAAAAUCCAAAGUCAAGGAGGAAAUGAAUAGAGGUAUAGAAAGCCAAGGCUUCCUUCCAAAAGCGGGGAAAUGCAGCGGUUUGCAGAGCAUUCCUUUAAAGAAAAAAACAGAUGCAAAAAAAGAAUUAAUUAUUACAAAGAGAGAAGAAGAUGAGGAUGAGGAAAGUGAGGAAGAAUGGGAAGAUGUGGAAGAACUUUGUGAACCUGAGAUCGAGAUGCUGAAAGAACUUAAGGCACCAAAGCUGCCCAACCCAACUGUUGAGAUAGAAAUUGAAACACCUGAACAAGCAAAGAAGAGAGAGAGAAGAGAGAAACGGCAAGCUGAGUUUGAGACAUAUCUCCGUCGAAUGGUGAAACGCUUCAGCAAAGAAGUCCGCGAAAAUACCCAUAAGGUUCACUUACUGUGCCUGUUGGCCAACGGUUUCCACAGGAACAGGAUCUGCCUUCAGCCAGAUCUUCAAGCGAUUGGGCUUUCUAUCAUUCCCAUUCGCUUCACCAAAGACUCUGUAGAUCGCAUCAACCGUCUAUUUCUGUCAAAUCUGGUGAAUUGGUUUUCUGCAACUUUUACUAUUAACGAUCAGCUCUCCGAUAGUGAAGAUUGGCGGGUUACUCUAGAGAGGCGCUUUGCUGUCUAUGCUGCACGAGAUGAGGCGGAACUGGUGCAGAUAUUUUUACUUAUUCUUCGAGCACUUCAUCUAUUCUGCCGACUUGUAUUGUCUUUACAACCCAUUCCUCUGAAAGAGCCAUCAGGGAAGGGAAAAUCCUCCAAGAAAAGCUCUGUUUUGGUAACUUCUGAGACGUUGCCCGAUUCUGCCAAAAGCUCAAGAAAAUGCACAAGAGUAGAUACUGCUAAGAAGCCAAGCCUCUCUAGGGCCAAAAAGCUAAGAAAGAAAUCUUCAUCACAGGAAGAUAUUCAGAAAGAUAUAAAAUCUGAGAAUGAUAAGAAGAGUUUGAGGGCAGAAGAAGGGCUGGGCAGGCCUAAAAAUGACCGACGACGGCAAGUGGCAUCAAAAGUGUCAUAUAAAGAAGAGAGUGGAGACAGUGAGAAUAAUGAUUCUGAAUUCUGUCCUCCUGAGGAAAAUGAUGAUGGUAGCAUAUCUGAUGAGGACUUUGAAAUUCCCAGAAAAAAAAUGAAGUCAUCACUAGGAACCCCCAAAACAACGCUAAGAACCCUGAAAACAAAAGCAAUUGUUAACAGGCAACGAUCUGUGUCGAAACAACAGAAGGACUCAGAGAUAAUUGGUAAUUCGGUAGACAAAACAGUCAGUCCAUGUUCUUCAGUCCCACCCAAGAAGAAAAACAAAAUAAUUUCUAGUGAUGAAGAAGAAGAGCAGAGGUCAGUUGUAUUGAAAGGGACAGACCAGUGGGUAGAGGUUUUUCUUGAGCGAGAAGAUCGAUGGGUAUGUGUGGACUGUAUGCAUGGCAAUGUUGGACAUCCUCUGGAAUGUUUCAAGUAUGCCUCAAAGCCAGUGUACUACAUCAUUGGCAUUGACGAUAAUGGAUCUGUAAAGGAUAUAACACAGAGAUACGACCCAGCAUGGAUGACUGCAACAAGGAAGUGUCGUGUGGAUGCCCAGUGGUGGGAAGAUACCUUAGAGCCGUACAAAAGUUCUUCUGUGGAACGGGAUACAAAAGAAGAAAGAGAGUUUUUAGCUAAACUUCAAAAUCAGCCUUUGCCAAAAUCUGUCAGUGAAUACAAGAAUCACCCACUUUAUGCUUUGAAGAGGCAUCUUCUGAAGUAUGAGGCCAUAUAUCCCGAGACAGCUUCAAUUAUAGGAUAUUGCCGAGGGGAAGCUGUCUACUCCAGAGACUGUAUCCAUACGCUGCACUCCAAGGACACUUGGUUGAAACAAGCUCGAGUGGUGAGGAUUGGGGAAGUGCCUUAUAAGAUGGUGAUAGGUUAUUCCAACCAAGCAAGAAAAGCACGAAUGACAGAACCUGCAAAUCGGGACAAAAAGGAUUUGCCCUUGUUUGGUCUCUGGCAGACUGAGAAAUAUCAGCCACCUCUGGCUGUGGAUGGAAGGGUUCCUCGGAAUGAGUUUGGGAAUGUCUAUCUCUUCCAACCUAGCAUGUUACCAAUAGGCUGUGUGCUGCUAAAGCUUCCUAACCUUCAUAGAGUGGCCCGUAAACUGGAUAUUGACUGUGUUCCAGCUGUUACAGGAUUUGAUUUUCAUGGUGGUUACUCUCAUCCCGUCACAGAAGGCUAUGUAAUCUGUGAAGAGUACAAAGAAGUGCUUGUUGCAGCCUGGGAGAAUGAAGAGUCAGAAAGGGAGAAGAAGGAAAAAGAGAAGCGGGAGAAGAGAGUGCUGGGAAAUUGGAAACUGCUGGUGAAGGGACUUCUGAUCAAAGAGAGAUUAAAGAAGCGCUAUUCUACCAAGAAUGAGACAAGAGUCAUGGUGGAAGGGGAGUCUGGUUUCUCAACCGAUGAGGAAGAAGGACCAAAUUCAGAAACACCUGCUGAAGAUAUGGCUGUUUCUUGGCCCCAAAAUCGGCAAGUUGAGGAACAGAGUGAGAAAGGAAAAACAACCAGAAAGAGCAAGAGAGAAAAGAAAGGAGAAGCAAAACAUUUGUUCCCAUUUGAGAAAUUGUGACAAGGAGAUUUGGGUUCUUUAGAUUCCUAUCUUAGCGUGAACAAGGAAGCACUUUUAUGUUCCUCCAACGCACAUUCAUACGGAACCUUUCCUGCCAGCAGGAAUAGCUAACAACACUCAGGAAACCUCCAACCAGUUUUUCUAAUAUUGCAUUCCUAAGAUAUAUGGAGGACUUGGAUUUGAAGCAGGAAAAUUGGUCUGGACCCAUUGCUAGAUGCCUACUAUAUCUUUAUAUUGGCUAGUGGCACCUUAAAGAAUCUACUUUUCCUAAAUUCUUGAUAGUCAUAUUUUCUUUAAGGUAAGGCUGCUGAUAGGUACAGCAAGAACACCAGUGUUGGAGCAAAGUACAAUGUCAGAUCUUAAUACCUGCAAAUAUAUUCCUUUUCUUGGAAGCUUUGCCUCAUUUUGUUGCAAAGUUGUUAACAACUUUGUUUCCGGGAAGAUUUAUGAAAGGAACAUGUAUGUGUACUCAUACACAUAUUGCAAUAGUAAAUCUGGGCUUAAGAUGUAUUCUAUAUGUAAAAAAAAAAUUCUAGUGGGAAUAAAUGAGGGAAUCUAUAGGAAAUGACUAUAAGUUUAACAGCUUCUAUUCAACUUUACAAAGGAAACCAGUAUGAACAAUAGGCUAAUAAAUGGGUAUAGGAUAUUUGAGCAGAAGAUACCUAGUUUUUAGUCAAGCUGGAUUUAUUCCUAUCGCCUUUUCCUCUUUUAUAUCAUCACCAAAAACUCUCAUGAGUCUUACUUUUUUGUGUAUUGAUCAUGCAACAAAUUCCAACUUUAGAUAUUGCGAAUGAUGCAUUCUGAGUGGGACUUACUACAAAAAAGGCUUGCAGUCCGCCACAUGUUCAAUCAUAGUGCAAUUACUUAAUUGCUUAGUGUACUAGUUUGAAUGUUUUACCAAUGCACACUUCAUUGUGCAAAAGAAACAAAAACUAUAACAGCUUUAUUACUCAAAUUAAUUUUAGAAGAUUCUGUCAUAAACUUCAUCCAUUUAAUGUGACCAGAAUUAAUUUGGGCACUUUAAAUUUAUUCAGAGAAAAAAGAUUAUACUGAAUCUUGAGUAAAAAAAUAAAAACUUGAGUCCUGAGCACCAGUCCUUUUCCUAAGAUUGUCAUUUGCAUAUUUAGAUAGUUGAACAUAGUGGCGAAUAUCUGUAGCCGGGGUAUAGGAUGAGGGUGAAGGUUCAUUCUCUAAGCUUGUGGGUUGGUUUCUGGACAUUUUGUUACCAGGCUAGGUAACAUCUUCAGCUGAGUUUAGGAGUUUUGACAUCCAUUCAUUACCUAACCUGGUAAUGAAACAUUCAGAAACCAACCCACAGCCUCAGAGAAUGGACCUCCACCCUCAUACUUGAAUAUUAUUAGAUUCCCAUCUCACAUGAGCAAUUUAGAUCUUCUCUUGGAAAAGGAAAAUACUAGCCUUCCAGUCUCCCUACUAUAAGCUAAAGUCUUCCUGAAAUAACAUGGUUUUAAAGACCUUUCAGAAUAUAAGGGUGGUCAGGCCAAGGGCAGCUUUGGGGCAUUUUCCAAAAUGUGAAGGCCAUUACUAAGCAGCCCUACCUUGGGAGCCUGUACUGCCUUUACCUUAUGCAGAGGGAAUCUUAACAGGCCUAUUCAAUAUUUGAAUUAUGCUUGGUCAAGUUGUCUGUAAUGGAGCCCAAUCCACUGCUGUGGUGGAUUUUUAUAUAAUAACCAGAACUUUAAACUUGUUCUGGAAAAACAGCAGAAUGCAAUGGCAAUAUAUUGAGUUUAUUUCAAGCUGGGGUUUUUUUUCAGUAAAUGCUAACAACUUAUAGAAUUAUACACAAAUAUAAAAACAGGAACUUUUUUUAAAAAGCUUUAUUUUUAAUUGCUGAAGUAAUGUUUUUAAAGAACUUAACGUUUUUAGUGUGUUUUCCCCCUCAGAACCUCAUUUUCUCCUUAAGAAACAUUUUGACAGUCCCAGUAGUUGUGAAUUUUGCUCUGGAAUUAACUUCAGUUAUACUUUGGGUCAAGAAAGUUGAAAAGAUUUCCAACUAUCUCAUAAGCAGCAAUAUUCCUGUCAGAGGUCUGCCUCCCUUGCAAGGAAUGUCUUAAGUUAUUAAACUAGAAUGUUCUAAAUCUAGAGUAGAUCUUUUCUAAAAAAUAAUCUGAAAAAUACAAGAAUAUUUCAUUUUAUCCCUCUUUAGUCAGGCCUCUGCUGCAAGUACUUUGUCCAAUUCUGCCUCUGCUGCAAGUACUUUGUCCAAUUCUGGGUUACCACAUUUGAAGGAUUCACAAUGGACGAGGAACAGAGAAGACUAAAAAGAUCAGAAACUAAGUCCUAUGAACAGACAUUGAUAGAGGUCGAUGUUUGUAAGAUAAAAGAUGAUUGAAGGGAAAAAUUAUUGCACUCUUCAAAAACUUAAAAGGAUGUCACAUAUAGGAUGGUCUUGUUCUUGAAUACAGGAUACAGAAUAGCUGAUUUUAAAUUAGGGGAAAACUGAUUUCAACGGAAUGCUAGAAAAUAGCUUCCUCGCAGUAAGAACAUUUUAUGGAGAAAGCUAACACAGAUGGCAGAUGUUCCUUUGCCAGAUGUGUUGAAACAGAGGCUAGACAGGAUACUUUAUUCUGGAUUCCUAAACAUGAGCUUGUAUUUGAUGAUCUAAAUCAGCAGUCCCCAACCUUUCCGGUUUGGCGGGCCGGGGGGAGAGGGGAUGGAUCUGUGCAAGUGGCAGGCUCCUGCACAUGCACAGCUCCAUUUGUGCAAGCACCAGGCACUAAUAGAGCUUCAUGCGGAAGUACAAGGACCCGCCACUCAUGCGAAUGGAGCUUCGCACACUAGCUCAAAUGCCUGCUGCUCACACAAAUGAAGCUACAUGUGCCAGUGCAAGCACCCAUUACUUGAGCGAGUGGAGCUACGCACUCCAGCACAAGCGUCUGUUGCUUGCACGGCCCAAUUCCAAACCUGACAUGGCCCAGUAGUGGGCUGUGGCCUAGGGACCCCUGAUCUAAAUGGUACCUUCCAAUUUUUAAUUCUCUUACCUUCAAUAAUGAACUGUGAUUUCAAAACAUAUGCAAACCAUAUAUUUUUCUUGAAUUUUAUUCAUAAAAUAGAAAAUAGGCAUUUGCAUCCAUAGAAACUUUUAAAAAUGAUAUUGUAAAAAUAGAGAAUAUAAACUUAAGAUUUUAGUUGGAAGCAGCCACCAUGCUUCAUUCUGCCCCAGUGAUACAAUUGACAUCUUAACAAAAUGAUGAACAACUCCAUGGCAAUGGCAAAUUAUAGCUAGACUUUAGUGAAAUGACAUUAGAUAGCACCAAACCAAUGAAUCCAAAUUUAAGUUUGGAAUCCUAAAUUCAAGGAAACGGUAGAUCCAGAUGAUGCUAAUAAACUUAUUUACUUCUA